AGUUUAAUACUAUAUUCAACUCAGUAACGCAUGACAUUUCUGCUUCCCACAGCACAGAAAAUGGCUGUUUGUUAUGUUUAGGAUUGUUUCAAUGAUGAGUGGUACUAACUGUGUUCUUACAGUCAGUAAUCUUUGGCAAGCUUUGGGAUGGUUGGCACAAGAUUGAAACUAUGUGAAGUUGUAGAAAAAACAAACAAACAAGUGUGGUGUUCCUCAUGCGGAGGACGAACUUAAAGCUUUAGAGACUCGGCUGCACUUUAACUCGGUGUAUUGAGCUGGAUUUAAGCCUAUUUUGACUAUUUAUCCAUCCCCAAAUUAACAACUGAAGGUUUGAUGAAAUGCAUUAACAUGCAAACUUAAUGACAAAGUGGUUUUUAUAGAUAACCGAAUAGUUGUUUCUUAGCAAUUGGCUUGUAUAUCUGUAAACUAGAAAAUAAGGGCCAUGAUUUUUAUGACUAUAGAGGUGUUUUUGUCUCAUAGUUGCUUAGACUAGCUGCCAAAUAAGUUCUUGGUUUUAACUGUUACCUGGUUACACCGAGGUUCAGUUACACAACUUGAGUUAUGCCUUUCCUAUGUAUAGUAUUAGGCAGUGUUCUAGAAACAGAUAAAUGUUAAUCCUGUCAAUCCUGGCUCUGUCACAUGGCUAGACAUGCACAAAGACCUGUGGUAAUGGCAACUAGGGGUCUUUAGGCAAAAUAUAGCUGCAAUGCUCUUUGAUGUUCCUGUUAGUUGAUAAGAUUACACUCCCAGAACAAAAAGGAGCUCCUUCUCUUUCUUCACCUCAUCCUUUAUUAUACUUUGGACUACGUUCUAGUUCUUUCUCUAGGUAAUAUGUAAUUUGAGGUUUGCUACUCUCUAUCUAGUGUUAUCUAAGGGUCUGUAAACAGGAAGUCAUAUUUAUUCAUAUUGUGAUUGUUAAACCAUUUGACAGUGGCACAAGCAAACACAAUGCAUAACCAGUAAUUCAGAAUUUUUAGUGGCGUGGCAUUGCAUUUGUAGAAAUAUAUGAUGCCAUUACUUUUAUAGUUCACUGCAACACUGUCAUGCCACAUUUCAUCAGUCAGCUCUGUUAGUCCAAUACUGGUAUUUUGCAUCAUUUUGUGCGAGGCAUUUUAUUUUGUGAUUUUUUUUAUUAUUUUAUUUUACACAUAAUAGGCCAUCCUGACUUGUGUGAAUGAAAGGUUAUUUCAGACACUAUUUGGUUGAACUAUAAUAUACACUACCAUUUAAAAGUUUUGGGUCGAUAGCUCUCUUAUGCUCACCAAGGCUGCAUUUAUUUGAUCAAAAAUACAGUAAAAGGUAAUAUUGUGAAAUAUUAUUGCAAUUUAAAGCGACUUAAGUUAUAUCUUUAUUGUCACUUGAUCAAUUUAAUGCAUCCCUGCUGAAUAAAAGUAUUCAUUUCUUUAAAAAAAAAUUCUAAUGACCCCAGGCAUUUGAAUGGUAGUGUGUGCUUUCACGGCCAAUAUUAUUCAUAUUAGGCUGCUUGCUUUAAGCAGCUUUAUUCAUUUAAGAUGGUUAUUCUCAACAAAUAUCACACAUGCUUUAAAGGGCUAGUUCACCCAAAAAUUAAUUACUCACCCUCAAGUUGUUAUAAACCUCUAAGACCUUUGUUCACCUUCGAAACACAAAUUAAGAUAUUUUUGAUGAAAUCGGAGAGCUUUCUGACCUUGCAUAGACAGCAACACAACUGAUGCAUUCAAGGCCUUAAAAAAAUCCUUAAAGUGCCCCUAUUAUGCGUUUUCAAAUAUGAUCUUUCAUGCAGUGUGUCAUGUAGCUGUGUGUGAACAUAAACUAUCUGCAAAGUUGUGAAGCCGACAGUGCACCAUACAUAAAGUUAUUGUCUAUCAAAAAAAGAGUCGACUCACAUUUGCCUAAACGAGUCAUCAGGAAUUCAAAUCUUUUUCUGUUACGGCCACACGUCACGAAGUAACAGAUUUGCAUAAUGUCCGCCCACGUUCUACGUCGCGAACAACUUGCCCGCCCAUAAAUUACCAUUGGUUUACGUCACAUGGAAAUUUACAUGUACAUUAUACAGAAGACGCUGUAUCAUACGCUGUGAGUAAAACUGUUUUAUAUUCACUUCCAAAAGAUGAUGAAUCUACAAAGAUUGUAUUUUCUAGCGAUCGUUCAAAAUACGUAGUUGUGUAUGUUAUGUUGUGUAACAACCCUGCACAUGUCAUGCAUCACGCUUCUGUAGUUCUGUUGUUCAGCUGUGGGUCCACUGUAGUCUGACAAUUUGUGAUUGAUGCAGCUUGACUGUCUGUCUGUCUCAUUAGUUUAAGUACUGAUAAAAGAUGGCGCACGAAGCGGCUUUCACACCGAAUGCGGAAAGAGUUGUGCUAUGAAACCCAUUCGUUUUAAUUGCUUCCGCCCUGCGAGGACGGCUUGUUUCGGUCUUGACCAAAGCGGACGCGCAGCGGAGCGCGCACGCCGCGGACAAAGUUCAAAUGAGUUGUUCAAAUGAACUUUUGCCGCUGCGCUCUGAAGGGCUGCACUGAACCCAGCGGCCAGCGCAGCGCUUUCCGCGUUCGGUGUAAAAGACGUUUAAUGCAUUAUACAAGGUUGAAGUUUACAACAUAGAGGUGUGCCCAGUUCGGUUAUAAAAGCAAAUUGCGAGGACUUUACACGGUAGCCCGUGCUAACUUGUUGAUCAGCCACUUCAGCCGUUUCAUCGUCAGACUCUGGCUGGAAUUGUUAUGGUAAAAUCGAUGCCAUCUUUUCUAUGUAUUGACAAUUAUCCAGGGCUGUCAGUCAGUUAUGGCAAUGGGCGUUUUGUUCUGCGACAUGCUGUACGCGGUAAACCAAUCAUAAAGGACUGCGCCAUCUGACCAAUCACAGCAGUGAGGGCUCACAGAAAGGAGGGGUUUAGAGAGACUGAUUCUUCGAACUGCUACGCACAAGUCGUUUAUGAAUCAUUUAGAAAUGAGGUGAAAUUAAAUCUAUUUUUGGAGAAAACUAAAAUGUUUUUUGACCUUGCAUACAUGUAAACCUGUUUUGGGAGUCUAUUAAAACAAUAUUAGCAACCUUUAAAAUGGCAUAAUAGGGGCACUUUAAAAUAGUCCAUGUGAUAUCAGUGGUAAUUUUAUUAAAUUACAAGAAUAUUGUGCAAAGAAAAUAUGAUGUCACAUGGACUAUUUUAACAAUGUCCUUACUACCUCUCUGGGCCUUCAACAUAGUAGUUGCACUGCUGUCUAUGCAGAGUUCUCAGAUUUAGGGCUGAUUUGAGUACUUGCUUUUGUGGACAUUUCACUUGGGUCUAUUUUUAUUACUACAAAAAAAUAACAACUGAUUACUUGAUUAAUCAUCAGAAUAAUCGGCUGAUUACUCGAUUACCAAAAUAUUUGCUAGUGACAGCCCUACUUAGAUUUCUAUACAUCUUGUGGUCUGAAGAUGAACAAAGGUCUUACGGAUUUGGAACGACAUGAGGGUGAGUAAUUAAUGACAAAAUUUUUCAUUUUUGGGUAAACUGUCCCUUUAAUAAACCUUACAUACAUUAUAGAAAACAUUUAGUAUGCAAGGUCUAAUUGCCUCAAAGAACAUUAAGUUCUAUGGUGAAUUGUGUAUGUUGGCAUGUGCUGUGUCUCACUGACUGUUUUCUUUCAGAUGAAGAGUCGCUUGAAAUCAGCUGGCUUUGGAAUCACAUCAAGUUCAGGUUACAAACACAAUAGUAGGAAUCCUUCCUUAAAGGUGGAGUGUGUCAUUUUUUAUACUUUAGAAUACUCCCAGUUUAUUAUUCAGAGAUAGUUACAAGUAGAUGAUUCACUGGUUGAGUCCCCCUAAAAGUGAACACUCUGGUUUAAUGGCGCUAAUAUAUUAUAAUAUAUUAUAAAAAUAUUGCGCUGUUGGUUUGAGCAACCUAACAUAGCAACAUUGGCUCAGUGAAAGGUGUGGGUUUGGGGCAGAGCUAUAUGUUUUGCUGACCAGUGGCAAACAGGGGGAAUUGCUAAUGACACAAAUUACACACUUCACCUUUAAACCUUUUUGAUGUCUUUUUAAAUGUUAGGCAAGUUUUUUUUUUGUAUUACUGAGCUUAAAAGAUUUACACUGAAUGACACAUGUGCAUGUGCUCUUGCAUGCUUCUCUCACCUAGAAAAGCAGCACAUGCCAAAGAAUGAAAGUUGACAUGCAAAGAAACUUGUAGGGAAUGUCAUGCAUAGACAUUUUAGUGUUUUUUUUUUUUUUGUCUUAAUACAUUUUAUGGACAAAAGUAUUGGACCACACCUCUUAAUUGUCGCAUUCAGGUGUUUCAACCAUUGCCACAAGUGUAUAAAAUCAAGCACUUAUCCAUGCAGUCUGCAUUUAUAAACCUUUGGGGAAAAAACAGGCCAUUCUGAAGAGCUCAGUGAAUUCAAAUGAGGUACUGUGAUAGGAUGCCACUUUUGCAGUAAGUCAGUUCAAGAAAUUUCAUCCCUGCUGGAUACCCCACAAUCAGCUGUAAGUAGUGUUUUUGGAAAGUAAAAACGAACAGCCAUUAAGCAGAAGACCAUAUAAAGUCACAGAACAGAGCAACUGAGUGCUGAGGCACCAACCGCUCUUCUGAAACCAUUCUAAAGAGAUCCAAACUUCCACUGGCAGUAAUAUCACUACUGUGCAGUAGGAACGUCAUGGAAUGGGUUUCCAUGAACAAGCAACUGCAUGCAAGCCUCACAUCACCAAGUACAAUGUCAAGCGUCGAAUGGAGUGAUGUAAAGCACAUGACUACUGGACUCUGGAGCAGUGGAAACCUGUUCUGUGGCGUGAUGAAUCUUGCUUCUCUGUUUGGCAGCCUGAUGGGUGAGUUUGGAUUUGGAGGAUACUAGGAGAAUGUAACCUGCCUGACUGCAUUUCGCCAAUUUGGUGGAGGAGGGAUAAUGAUAUCUUCAGGGGUUGGGCUAGGCCAGGGGUGCCCAACCCUGGUCCUGGAGGUCUGCCUUCCUGCAGAGUUUAGUUCCAACCCUGAUAAAACACACCUGUCUGUAAUUAUCAAGUACUUCUUCAGAUCCUAGUUGGUUCAGGUGUGUUUGAUCAGGGUUGCAACUCUGCAGGAAGGUAGAUCUUCAGGAACAGGGUUGAGCAUCUCUGGGCUAGGCCGAUUACUCCCGGUGAAGGGAAGUUAUAAAGACAUUAUAACAAUGCUUCCAACCUUGCAGGAACAGUGUGGGGAAGGACCUUUUGGUACCCCAGGGAACAAAGAAAGGUCCAUAAAGAGAUGAGUAAAUGAGUUUGGUGUGGAAGAAUGGGACUGGCCUAUACAGAGCCCUGACAUCAACACCACUGAACAACUUUAAGAUGAACUGGAAUGGUGAUUGCAAGCUAGGUCUUUUUAUCCAACAUUGGUUCCAGACCUCACAAAUGCUCUACCGAAUACUGACAAUGCACCAAAGAGGAAACUGACAAUACACCAACAGACAAGACAGAGCAUGUUACUUUUGGUCUGAAACAAAGUCUCAGUUUUCAAAUUUUGUCAUUUUUUUAAAAAGAAAUUCAAGCAAUAGCUAAUGCUGUAGCACCUCAGUUCAGGCAGCAUGUGAACCAAUCGUCUCCUCCUCAUUUCUAGUUAUUAGGGAUGGGCGAUAUGGGCUUAAAAAUGUAUGAUGAUAAUUUCUGGUAUUAUUGCAAUAACAAUAUCAGUGACGAUAAUUCAGGGAAUCCCGUUUCUUUGAACUGUUUCUUUCCUAUUUUUACCCAAAAUAGAGCAUAACUGUGUACACACGUACAAUAUAAUGAUUGUUCUGACUGUCCUGUCCUGACUAUCCUGACUGAUUUGUUUGUCGGAUGAAAUGGUGAAUUCAGUGUUAUGAUUGGUCAGAUCACCUGUCAAUCAAGCUCCCUGCAAAGGGUCAGUUCCCUCAGAAACACUCCAAAAUAUUUCCUAGAAGAGUGGAAGCCAUUAUAGCAGCAAAAGGCUGACCAAGUCUGUAUUAAUAUCUGUGUAUUUGGAUGUAUGUAUAUAUGUAUUUAUGCUUUAUAGCAGAAGUAAUAGUACUGACGAUGCUCCAGGAAAUCUCUAAUCCAUUUAUGAAUUAGAAAUUUUAACUGAGAAAAUUUGACAAUAAACAUACAAUUGCUACAAUAUUUGGUUUGUCUGUGUUGUUCUUGGGUAUUUUUAUAAGGAUAAAGUAUAGUUCAAAUGCAAUACUAAUCAACAUAGCUUUUAUAAUACUAUAAAAUAGUAUGAUUUCUGCCUCAUUCUGUGAUAUGAAGCCACGUUUGAUUGGAAAAGGUUAUUUUAAACACUCGACUAUGUUAAUAAAGUUAAUUUAGAGUAAAAGCAUGUCAAUAAAUGACGUCUUAGUCGGACAACAGGUUUGUAAACAUGCAAAACUGUAUCGCCCAAGUGCUACUGUAGAUUGUUAUUAACGCGGGAAGGCUAAUUCUUAUCGUGGGGAAAAAUUUUACUGGUAUCGCCCAUCCCUAGUAGUUAUAGCACAAAAUAAACAUGAAUGAACAUCAGAAGGUAUUUUAUUUCAACCGCGGAAACCGUGUCAAUACACACCAUUUUUCAAGUUUAAGUUCACUUAAGUUAAUCUACUAUCCUGACUGAUUUGUUUGUCGGACGAAAUGGUGAAUUCGGUGUUAUGAUUGGUCAGAUCAUAACCUGUCAAUCAACCACAAUCUUUCCUAGAAGAGUGGAAGCCAUUAUAGCAGCAAAAGGCUGACCAACUCUGUAUUAAUAUCUGUGUAUUUGGAUGUAUGUAUAUAUGUAUUUAUGUCAGGUGUCCCAAUACUUUUGUCCAUAAAGUGUAUCUGCUAAUGGGGGAUCUGAUUCUCUACUAACAUCCCAAUAAAGAUAUUUCAAAUACGCAUUGCAUAAUAAUCAAAAUGUUACACGUGAUUAUGUGAAUUUAUCUAGCAAAAUACGCAUUCAACUACUUGAGAUGGUCAUUUAGAUGUUAUGCCCACUGAUUUGCUCCAACACAAAGACUUCUUUGUGUGACUUCAUUGAAAAUCACUGCAGUGUUCCAGUGGCAAAACAGUCUUGGUCACACAUAAGGAAAAGCACUCGAAUUUUAACAAGUCUUUUUUUGCUUAUUUACCUGUUUUGAGAACAUUGACUGUUAAUAUUGUUUUCAUUUUGUAGUACAAUGUGAAUUUGAAUGUAUACAUUUAGCUAUCAUCUGUACAGUCAGCAUUCUCAAUAGCACUUCUAAGUGAAAUUGCUGUAAUAAUGCUUGGAUACAGUAUAAACUGUCCAUUUAAAUGGUUGAUUAGUGAAUGAUUUAUAAGAGUACUGCUUGAGGAUAUGAAUCCACAGUGCACUGCAUCAUUGCCAGUUGCCGUGGGUGUGAAUAAACAUAACUUCUUGUACAAAGACAGACAUCUCAUUGUAAAAAUGGUGAUGUUAGCCAUGUUUAAUAACCCCUCAAUCAAACAUUGUCAAAGCAGCACCAAAUUCUCUUAGUGCAAGGUAUGGAUGCUUUAACCAUCAAUCUGGAUGUCUUUUAGGCCUUGUUCACACUGGCAGCCCAAAUGCCAUGAUGUACAUAAGCUAAUUUCCAACUCCUCUCCUUACAGCUAGUUUGUUGCAUCUGGUUGGGAAGAUGACAGUUAUUGAAUGAAAUCUAUUGCUUAGUCUUUCUUAAAUAUUGGACUUAAACAGCAAAUGUCUGCAGUGUGAUCAUAACCUUUUUUCUAGAGCUGUAGUCUGUCAGAUUAGAGGGCCGAUGGCUUUAGAUCAAUGCGAUGUUUGAAUUGUAAAUGAGCCAUCACUUCGGUAAUGUUCUCUCCCAAAACAUCUUUAUCAUUUCUGUUGAAAAUUUGUAAUUUGAUGUGGUAAUAGUGCCUUGUGGUUUUGGUAUACAGAGGGAUGAGGAGACAUUUGUAAUCACAUUGUUUUGAUCAUAUCUAAUAAGUGAGCAAGAGUUUCAUUCUGUUGCCUUUCUCCAGGACGCUAACAAACUGCUCCUAAACGAACAAGCUAACUGGGUGCAUCUAAAGGAGUUUGCCCGAAAAAAUGCUGCCAACGCUCUUUCUGUUGCCAACAUGCUCAUGGGCAUGGCCUCAAUCCUCUGCAGUCUCAGUGGCCAUCAUCAUGCCGCGUGCUGGCUGGUUCUGAUCGGUUACCUGCUGGAUUUGGCAGAUGGAGCAGUUGCUAGGCAACUGAAUGCGUGUUCUGCACUGGGUGCAAAGUUGGAUGACUUUGCUGAUUUCACAACAUUUGGAAUAGCAACAUCUCUCAUCUUAAGGACACCCAGUCUUCUGGAUAACAUCUUAUGCAUGUUGUACGUGCUGUCUGUCUAUAUUCGUCUCUGCUUCUUCUCUAGCGGAAUCCCAUUCAUGUACCGUGGCCUACCAUGCAUCUACUCCUCUGCCAUCCUGGUGUGUGUUUCUCUGCUGACUGGAGGAAAUAUGGCAGUACUGAGAAUCCUAGCAGUGGCCAUGAUUCUCUUCAUGGUCAGUCAGAACUUCUACCCACAUGACAGAGUACUGGAGUCUCAGGCCUGGAAGAAGGUGGUCUACAUUGGAGGAGUUGCCAUGGUGUUUUGCUCCUCCUUCCCUCCAGCAUGCGUUUACUACUUGUUAUGGUCAGUUUCCUACAUAUUGUUUCCAACAACCCUGUGGAGCAGCAAAGUGUAAAGGGGUAAUGGCCUAUAAGCCUCACGUCACGUAUCCCCUUUCUGCAAAGGAAAAUCAAAACUCAGAAAACCAUUUUUAAAUCAUUUUUGUUUUGAGGUGAUGAACUUCAUAAAAUCGACAUGAUCUAGAAGGCUUACGGACAUCAUGAUUGCUGCUGUUGUUUCAUCGCGAAAGAUGAGAAAUGCUCUUUACCUCUGCUUCACAUGUAUUGUCGUGUGUUUGAAUGGCAUGUUGACAGAGACACAGCAGAUGGUCUCGGAUAUAGUAUGUGUGGUGUUUGUUGCACAGUUCUGCCUAAAUGAAUCAAAUCUGAAGAGUAGAGAUUGUCAAAUUUGCUGUGGAAUUUAUAUUUGUAGAACUACUGCUUUUUGGUUGUUUAAGAGACUGAAAGAUCCGAAACAUAUAUUUUUUUCACAACUCAGAUCUCAAUUAUAAUCAAAAUUUCUGCUUAUUAAAAAAUUAUUAAAAAAAACAAACAAAUAAUGACCACAAGGGAAUUUUAUGCAUAUGACCUGUGUAAUUUCAUGUAAAAAACAAUACAGUAUGAUUAGGGUAGUAGCUAUCAUCAUAUACCUGGUUAAUGUGUGACUUAAAAUACUUCAUGUCCCAUUUAAUAUUAGGUGGGCCUUCAAAACAAAUGCCUUGUAACAAUAUGACAAAUCCUACGGUUGAUUUAAUUUUGAUAAAUGAGUUUAUCUGUACCAUUUAACCUCUGUUUUAAGGGGUUCUGCUUCCUGACUCACGGUUAUCAGUAAUUGCUUGUGUUUAGCGAGUGAUCUUUCAUUGAAUUUGCUAUGUACUGUUCACGGGUUCAGUGGGAACCCUGCAACAUAACAGUAUUGAGGCAUUAUUUUGUGUUUUGUGCACCACUUGUGGUUACUUUUUAUUAAAAUUUAGUGGUGUUAAGAAGAAAA